AUGCCGGAUCGCUUCCAGCCUCUGACUAACAUCCGAACACCCUCUGGACCUCCCGCCGGUGGGACGUAUACGGAUAUGUCGAGCGUUGGUGACGGUGUUGGUAGUAGCACAGCAGUUAUGUCGGGGGAUGCAAGCUCGAUCUGCCUAUGCGGGAAAGUUAUUUUGUUCGCUCAGGUCACGCUAUGGUACGGCCUCAUCCUCCCGGAUGGCCGGUGCCGCUGCGAGGGUCACAGUGGUGUCCAAUUAGCAUGUGAAUGGGAGCAUACUAUGCCAUUCACCAGGAAAAGGAUUGCAGUGACCGGCCAUUCAGGAGGCUGA